GGCUCACUGGGAGGAGCGGGACUCGCGCGAGUGGACGGAGGACACGCACCAAUACAAAAGGGCUGUGGGGCCUUCUGCCACCUUUGGCCAUCCAAGAUGCCGAAAGGGAUCCUGGCCGAGUCCGGCACACUAGCGCGCCCUGCUUAGCCCCAUGGGAAACAGGCCUGGAAUUCCUGAUGGGAGGAGAGUGGGGGAAGGGGAGCCAGCAGGGAUUCCAGAGUUACUCCCUAGGCCUCCUUUGGCCACCAGGAAAAGACCCUGACCAUAGAAUGGAGAAUUCUUCUGUGACCUUACAGGGGCAGGAGGUGACCCCCAAAAUGCUUCCUUCGUGUAGGGCCACCGCUCAUUUAUUAAUCCAGUAUCCAUUAAGGUCACUCUGCCAGGCAGGGCGUUGGGUUGAUGGCUGAAGACUGUGGCUUUGUGGGGGGGAGGACUGGGCUGGUGAGGACACAAAGAUGACUGCCCUGAAGGAGCCCAGAGCCUCACACUUUUUUUUUUUCUCUCCCCUCCCCACAGGUAAGGCUGGCCUCUCUGCAGUCAGAGGUCUGAGCUCUGCCAUGGGGGUAGGGGUGUCUUUAUUGCUGCAGUUUUCUCUGACAUCCGGGGGCUACCAGAGUGUGGGCCAGAGCAGGCGCUGCAGCGGCCGAAGUAUCCCCAGGAACAUCCCCAGGAGGAGCUGGAAAAAGUCUCAUCCCCAGCUCUGCGGUCUCCAGGCAGAGGAAGAACCGAUGCUGGAACGGCGCUGUAGGGGCCACGUGUCCAUGGGCCCAACCCAGCCCCGGCUCCUUUCUGGGCCCUCCCAGGAGUCACCCCAGACCCUGGAGAAGGAGCCCAGCGGGCUGACGCAUCAGGGCACUUUGGUGGGCCAACCAGGCAAUGAAGCCCCUCGCAGGGUCCAUCGCUGUGCCCACUGUCGAAGGCAUUUCCCGAGCUGGGUGGCCCUGUGGCUUCACAGCCGGCGUUGCCAGGCCCGGCUGCCGCUGCCCUGUCCUGAGUGUAGCCUGCGCUUCCGCCACGCCCCCCUUUUGGCGCUGCACCGCCAGGUCCAUGCGGCUGCCACCCCCGAGGUGGGCUUCACCUGUCAUCUCUGUGGGCAUAGCUUCCGAGGCUGGGUGGCCCUGGUUCUGCAUCUGCGGGCGCACGCGGCUGCCAAGCGACCCAUCGCCUGUCCCGAAUGCGAGAGACGCUUCUGGCGACAAAAGCAGCUGCGAGCUCAUCUGCGGCGGUGUCACCCUCCUGCCCCUGAGGCCCGGCCCUUCAUAUGCGGCAACUGUGGCCGGAGCUUUGCCCAGUGGGACCAGCUGGUUGCUCACAAGCGGGUGCACGUGGCCGAGGCCCUGGAGGAGGCAGCAGCCAAAGCUCUGGGGCCACGGCCCCGGGGACGUCCGGCCGUGACCGCUCCCCGGCCAGGCGGAGAUGCGGUGGACCGCCCUUUCCAGUGUGCCUGCUGCGGCAAGCGCUUCCGCCACAAGCCCAACCUGAUCGCCCACCGCCGUGUGCACACGGGCGAGCGCCCGCACCAGUGCCCGGAGUGCGGGAAGCGCUUCACCAACAAACCCUACCUGACGUCGCACCGGCGCAUCCACACGGGCGAGAAGCCCUACCCGUGCACCGAGUGCGGCCGCCGCUUCCGGCACAAACCCAACCUGCUGUCGCACAGCAAGAUCCACAAGCGGUCCGAGGGCUCCUCACAGGUGGCCCCCGGCUCCGGGAGCCUCCGGCUUCCGGCCGUAGUCCCGGAGGCCUCCGCAGAGCCGCCCUCCGCGAGGCCCGCGGUGGAGCCUGCGCCCCAGGGCUCUCUGGAGCCCCCACGGGCCCAGGCGGCGGCGCCCCCGUCCCUCUACAGCUGCGAUGACUGCGGGCGGAGUUUCCGGCUCGAGCGCUUCCUGCGGGCGCACCAGCGGCAGCACACCGGGGAGCGGCCCUUCACCUGCGGCGAGUGCGGGAAGAACUUCGGCAAGAAGACCCACCUGGUGGCUCACUCCCGCGUGCACUCGGGCGAGCGGCCCUUUGCCUGCGAAGAGUGCGGGCGCCGCUUUUCCCAGGGCAGCCACUUGGCAGCCCACCGGCGCGACCAUGCCCCCGAGCGGCCCUUCGUCUGCCCCGACUGCGGCAAGGCUUUCCGUCACAAGCCCUACCUGGCCGCCCACCGGCGCAUCCACACCGGCGAGAAGCCCUAUGUCUGCCCCGACUGCGGCAAGGCUUUCAGCCAGAAGUCCAACCUGGUUUCCCACCGGCGCAUCCACACUGGCGAGCGGCCCUACGCCUGCCCCGACUGCGACCGAAGCUUCAGCCAGAAGUCCAACCUCAUCACCCACCGCAAGAGUCACAUCCGGGAUGGCGCCUUCUGCUGCGCCAUCUGUGGCCAGACCUUUGAUGAUGAGGAGCGGCUGCUGACCCACCAGAAGAAGCACGACGUCUGAGAAGGGCAGGGGAUGUGGGGGCCGAGGGAGAGAGGGCCUGGGUGGCCUUGCAACAGGAGUGUCGCAGUUGGCCUCAGGUGCCUGCGCUGGUGCUGCUGGAGGGGACAGAGAGAUCCCAGGAGGGCUAGAAGAGGCGGGAGUGAACUAGGCCCUGUUAAUGUGGGAGUCGACCCCGGUGGGCAGGGAAGGCCCUGCAGAGUAUCCGGUCUCUAGCUUGUUAGCCUCAGCUGGUAUUUCUAAGGGUCCGUUCUGACUGUCCUGUACCCUGGAAAAGUAGCAAUAGCAGCUCUAUCUACCCUUAGAGAACUCGGCUAGAAGAGCCACCAGUAGGAGGGAAGUCAUUCCGUCCUCUGGUGUUAACGCCUUAAUGUCCCAGUCUUUACCAUGAGUUACUUCAGGUCAUUUUUGAAAGUAGGUGUGGCAUAGCCCUUAGUAAAUGAAUGCUCUGGGAGGGAAAGUGGACCAGCUGGAUAUACCUUGGAGAACCUGCUGACCUUGUUAGGCAGCAGGAGAGAAGCAAGGCUGCUCUUACUGGUCCCCCUCCCCACGACCUCCUGCAUAGGUACCCAGGUUUGGAGAGGCCCGUCUACUGUUAGUGAUUCCAUCCUCUUCCUCGCCAGGAUCAAUCCCCCAGAGCAUUUCCUCCUUGGUCUGCCUGGCUUUACCCAUCAGCCCUCCCAGCACUGAGGGCUUCCCUGGCUGUUUCGUCUGAACCCAUGAGCCUCCUCCAGUCCUUCCAAAGCUCAAGACGUUAUGGGCAGGACUGGCUCACUGAUGCUGGAGGGUCAGCUGAAGGCAGGUCCUGGGUGAGCUUCCACCUGAGCACCUGGGUGGCAGGGAGCUCCCCCUCCUGAGGCCCUGGUUCUAUUGUAGGAUGAUUCUAAUUGUUAGAAAUUCUCCCUUAUGAUGAUUGAUUCUGCUUUCCUAUGAUUUCUACCUACUGGGCCUUGUUUUGUCUCUGGAUCCAAACAGAACAACCAUUUACCCUCCUUUUCAAACUAGAGAAUAAAGAUUUGGUUUUAGA